UGAAAUGACCAUAAACCCCAAAAUCCCAAAUUCUUUCAUUAAACCCUAAUGUUCUGAACUCUUCGCCGUUUUUUGGCACCUGUCCCUCUGAACCCUCGAACUUCACCUUCGAGCAACUAUCGGUCAUGGCUGUGGCGAUCCCAGCAGUCGCACCUUCCGCAACUGUCGAAAAGGUGAGCCCCAUUACGGUGCAACAAGCCGUUGAUGCUCUCCUCAAAUGGAAGAAUUCUAAGUCCGAGACCGAGAAGCCCAAGCUGUUUGACUCGGACGAUGAAUUCGUCUACCUCGUCCUCACCCUCAACAAGCUUCCUCCGAAGUCUCGGGUUAAUGCCCACAAGAUCCAACUUCCGCAUUCCCUUCUCUCCGAUUUCUCCGAGCACUGUUUGAUCAUCGAUGACAGACCCAAGUCGAAUCAUACCAAAGAGGACGUGCAGACGAAGAUCAAAUCGGAAAAUAUUCCAGUUUCUAAAGUUCUUAAGCUUUCGAAACUUCAGUCUAAUUAUCGUCCGUUUGAGGCCAAGCGGAAGCUCUGUGGUUCUUACCACAUGUUUUUCGCCGAUAAAGGGGUGAUUCCUUUGCUGCCCCGGCUGUUGGGCAAGCAUUUCUUUAAGAAGAAGAAGAUUCCUGUGCCGGUGGAUUUGAAGCAUAAAAAUUGGAAGGAGCAGAUUGAGAGGGCAUGCUCGUCCGCGUUCUUGUUCCUCAGGACAGGUACGUGUAGUGUGGUGAGAGUUGCCAAAGUGUCAAUGGAAAGGGAGGAGAUUGUUGCUAAUGUGGCUGCGGCAAUCAAUGGUAUCGUGGAGCUCAUGCCAAAAGGGUGGGGUUCUGUGCGGUCUUUUCAUUUGAAAUUGUUGGAUUCGCUUGCGUUGCCGCUUUAUCAGGUAAUUCCUGAUAUGAAAUUGAAGAUUGAGGGAGCUAAGAGAAAAGAGGAAGCUAAGGAAGAGGAUAAGUAUGUGCAAGAUAAGAAGAAGGAGGUGGCUAAGAAGGAUCUUAAAGUUGGUAAGAAGAAGGGGAGGAUCCAUGAGGUUCGGUACAUGGAUGAUACUAUAGGUCACGAACACAUUCAAGAUGAGUCAGGUGUUGAAGAAGAUGGGGAUGUAGAAGAAGAAGGUGAUGAGAUUGAUGAAAUGACUAUUGAACCAGUUCUAGAUAAGAAGAAAAGGAAAGGAUCAAAAACUGACAAAGAGGUUCUUACUGAGCUGAAUAGUGAGAAAAAAUUGAAGAAGGCAGCCAAGAACAAGGACAAAAGUAAGAAAGAUGGCUUGUCUUCUAAGAGAAAGAAGGAAAAUGAUUUACCUACUAAGGAUGAAGUUUCUGGCAAGAAGAAGAAGAAGGAAAGUUGAGAAGUGAAAGUAAAAGCUAAAAGAGUUAAGAAGGCUGCUUCUGCUGAGUAGAGAAGUGUCCUUGGUUCUAGACUCUCCUCCUUGAUGGACAUCGGUGUAAUAUUGUAUGGUUUUUCUUCUCGUGUCCUCCAGCAGAUUUUGUUUUAAGUAUAUCAUUAAAGUUCCUAGUUUUUGGGUUACCCCUUUUUGCUCGUUAGCUGUCAUAAAAUUUAUUUACACUGCUUAUGAUCAACUUGCGAAUGCUACUCAAUAGAAGGUUGUGUUUCUGGCUUCUGGUUAAUUAAAGCAUGAUUGAUAUAGAAUA